CGCCCACAAAGUUGUGUGGCGUUAUGAAAGCAGAGCGGUGGGAAUGACAACGGAGUCACAGCAAAGAAACCCCCUUAAAACCGAGAUCUGCUGCGAUGCUUCGUGUCACCUCUACAUCUCUGUGCGCCUCCUGCCAGAAGAUGAGGCUGCUCCUGCCUCCCUCUGCCUCCCUCACCUCCCACAGCAAACGGGAGGAGAAUCAAUGCACGGUUGACUCUCUGUACGAACUGUCAGUGGACAUCAGAAAGGUCCGCAAGCUGAAGGGUUGGGUUUUGUCUGAGAAGACCGCCUAUGUGGCUGAGACAGCCGGUCUGCUGAGAGACAUGGGCGCUGACACGGCGGUGAUCGCCCACAUCCUUGAGACCCACCCCGAGGCUGUCCUGUGCCGACCAGAGGAUGUGGAUGCCCAGCGAGAUCUCUGGGGGUCCGUAUGUUCCGGCCAACGCGCCCUUCUGAGCAUCAUCGAAAAGUUCCCAGCUUCCUUUUUCUCUGUAAGCCACCACAGCAACCAGCGGGCCAACAUCUUCUACCUCCAGAGCCUUCGCCUCAACAAGAAGAUCAUCAGCAAGCUGAUGGCCAGUGCGCCGCAGAGCUUCAGUCGACCCGUGGAGAGCAACCAGGAGGUGAUCCAUACCCUCAGAGAGACCUACUUGGACCUGGGUGGGGAUGAGGGUAAUCUCCGGGUUUGGCUGCAGAAGCUCCUCAGCCAGAACCCGUACAUCCUCCUGCGUCCAGCGGAGACCUGGAGGGACAGUUUGGGCUUCCUGAGGGAGUGGGGCUUCACCACGGAGGAGCUGCUCAGCCUGGUGUCCAGCCUCAGAGCCUCCAUCUCCGAGCUGCAGCCUGUAACCAUGCGGCAGGCGCUGGCCUACGUCCAGGAUGCUCUCAGCUGCUCCGAGGACGAACUGAAGCAGGUCGUGAUCCGCUGCCCGGCCGUUUUGUACUACUCACUGACCACUUUGGCGGGACGCUUUCAGGGACUGAUGGAUGCCGGGGUGAGCGUCAAGCAGGUGAAGGAAUCCCCGAACGUCCUGGAGCUCACCACGCAGAUAGUGCUGUAUCGGAUCCAGAAGCUAGCAUCUUAUGGUUACGACGUUCGCUCCGGCAACUUGGACGUAAUCGUAGGAACCAAGAAGGACUUUGAGAUGAGCUACUCCAAGCUGAACCUCCGGCAGCAGAGGCCGCUCUUUAACCCUGUGGCUCCACUCAAGACUGCUGAGGAGUGAAGAACGAGACUCUAAUGCUAAUAAACUGGAGUUUGGUAGAUGUUGACGCAGUACAGCACAUUACUUUAAAAAUCUUUCAAAUGUGGAUACAGGCUUAAAAAUCUAUAUGCUCAACCCUCAAUGUAUGGUUCUGAUAUUUUUCAUUAGCCUCUUGAAUUUCGUGACAACAGACAUUUUUCAAAAUGGCCACUGUUUUUGAGCCAUUUAAACUAAUUAGUGUCAUUAAAUGUUCAUCAUGUUUUUGACUUUGGUCAUCCAAUUCAUACAACUUUAAAGUAAUAACUUAGCAAAAUCAGAAACUGAGGACUUUACUGUUUGAAAAUCUCACACCAGUUGUAAACUCAAAGGAGAUAAAGAUGUCUGACAGUCGUCUUAGUGGUUAAUGUUAGCUUCCGUUAACCAUUUGUGUUUUUAGCAACAAAGCAUUAGCUUUUUCUGUGUAUUUUCUGUGUUUGGCGGUUUAGCAUUAGCUUCUGCCGAUUUUUCUAAAUGUUUAGCAGUUUAGCGUUAACAGAGCUAAGAGUCUUGCUUAGCGAAUUAGUGGCUAGUGAAGCUAACUGUUUGGUUAGCUGUACUCACUAAUGGCAGUAACUGCAGCUGAUUUUAGUGCAAACAUAAAUUCUUUGUUAUAACUAUGGUGGCCAUUUUGAAAAAUGUCUACCAGAAAAUUGAAACACAAGAAAAAAAUCAUAUAUGAUUUCUAUGGUUCAAAAUAUGUAACCGAACACAUUCAUUUUGUGUGAAAAUAUUAAUUUUCCAUGGUGGCCAUCUUGAGAAAUGAAAAAGUUAUCAGCAAAUAUGAUUUCUAUUGGUCUAAUUAUGUAUCACUUGAAACCAAAAGUAUUCAUCUGUGAUCAAUAUUGGCAGAUUUAAUGAGGAUAAUUUUCCUUGAUGACCAUGGCAGCCAUCUUUUUGUUGCCUUAAUAACUGUUUAUACUUUUGCCUGACAGCUGAUUAUGUUUGAUUUAUGUUAUGUUUGUGGGAAUUUACUCGUUUUGCUGUGACCUUGGAAUGUUAUAUUAUUUCAGUCUUAUAAAGCUUUAUGAGCUACCUUGUUGCUGAAAUAUAACCAGCUGCAGAAGCAACAUAAUGAUCAAAUGGUAAACUAUAUGA